GCAUUCAGAAGAGGGUUCUCUCGCUUCUGUUCCGAUUUCCUUACCCUCGUCCCCGAGCUCCGCAUCAGCAGCCAAGAUGCCAGCGCAUAAAACCUUGAAAAUCAAGAAGAAGCUCACGAAGAAGAUGAGGCAGAACAGGCCCAUCCCUCAUUGGAUCCGCAUGAGGACCGAUAACACCAUCAGGUACAAUGCAAAAUGUAGGCAUUGGCGCCGCACAAAGCUAGGGUUUUAAGGUGUCGUGAGCUGCCCCCUUUCUGGGUCAAAUUAGAGUUGUAGGUCUUGCAAGAGAAUGGCAAGUUACUGUUUAUUGUAAUUCGUUCGUUAAUUAAUUGGGAACUCUAACGAGUCCCUAAACCAGAUUUUGUUGUGAUUGAUGUUU